CUGACGUCAUCGGUAUUAGCCCUAAUCACAAAUCGGGAGAAGUUUUACUGAAGUAGAGUUAUUAUUUUAGGAUUUAUAACAUCAAAUGAAGUCGGAUUUUAGAAACGAUGUCAAAGAACGGUAAAGUAGCCAUUCCGGCAGGGAGUGACGUCAUUGAAAUCAAAAGCAAGUUUGAUGCAGAGUUCAGAAGAUUCUCAAUCGACAGAAAGAAGCAUACGAAAUGUGACGAUUUCUUGAAAUUAGUGGAGGGUUUGCACAACAUCUCACACAUUCCAUUCACAGUAGCGUACACAGACGUCAGAGAUGGCGACUUGUUACCGAUCAACAAUGACAAUAACUACGAAAAAGCAUUAUCUAUAGCAAAACCUAUACUGAAAAUACAUGUGCAAAAGAAAGGUGACUAUGUUGACCUAAACAAUGUUAUACUGCGCAAGAAGCCCCGCCCCCUCACCAAACUAUUCAGUGGCGACCAACCCCUAAAGCCUCAUUUUAACAUAAGUUUACCGGAGGAUUUCCGGAGAGUUUCGGCAAUUAUUGAUGUUGAUCUUAUUCCCGAGACUCAUAGACGUGUUAAACUUAUGAAAAAUGGCACAGAUAAGCCAUUGGGAUUUUACAUCCGUGACGGUACUAGUGUACGUGUCACGCCUGAAGGAUUAGAAAAAGUACCAGGGAUUUUUAUAUCACGGUUAGUGCCGGGAGGAUUGGCGGAAAGUACGGGAUUGUUGGCUGUUAAUGAUGAAGUGUUAGAGGUGAAUGGGAUUGAAGUGAAUGGUAAAACACUAGAUCAGGUGACUGACAUGAUGGUUGCUAAUUCCUCGAAUUUGAUCAUUACAGUAAAGCCAGUUAAUCAAAGGAACCAGCCACACAGGGGUGGGGUUGGUCGCACGUCUAAUACCUCUUUAAGUUCAUAUCAGUCCGCACGUUCUGGAAAAUCUAUGGAUUCAGAUGAAGUGAAAGCUUAUCACACGACCAAUGAGGGAGAGGAAGAGGAAGAUGAAGUAAAAGACUUGAUAAAAACAGGGGAGGGGUCUACUAACACUUCACCCCCACCCUCUUCAAAGUCACCCAGUUCACAAAGUUCACCUUCACUAAAUUCACCAACCAAAUCAGAGACCAGUGAUGUUGUCAUUGUGACAUCAUCAUCACCUAACAAUACAGUUGUCAAGACAACUGAGACAACAGUAACAACAACAACAACAAAGAACACUGACAAUGAUACAAAAAUUAUCACUAAAACUGAAAUUAUAAAAAGUGAUAAAAAUGACAAUGUGGAAGUCGAAGAUAAAAAAGCAUUGAUUGCAUUGGAAACGCCAGAAGUAAAGGAAGAUAAAGAGCUGGUAACACUUUAGAACGGAAUUCAAAAUAAUUUUCAUAGAUCAAUAUUUUAGAGACAUUGUACUGUUAUUUUAAGCAUCAAAGAAAAUUUGGCAUCAUUGAAUAAGUUGAUAUUAUAUUUUAAAUAUCGGAAUUCGAAUUUUAUGAUAUCAUAAAAUUAUUGAAUAUAUUAAAGCACAAGAAGAGAAGUACAUGUAUUAUAAAAAAUUGAAUUUAUGAAUAAUUUUAUACAUUUGAUAUUUUAUCAGAAAUGAUUGAACGUCCUCCAAUAUAUGAGGAUUGUAAACUAUUUUGUAUAUAAAGUAAAUGUAUGUAUUAUAAUGUAUUGAGGCCAAUAGAAUGUGGGUGUCCCCUGCACAUAAGUGCAUGUCAGAUUAACAUUGUACAUGAUGUAAUACUAGCACCUUCAUUUAUUUAUUAACCCUUUGUUGACCGUCUAUUGAAAUAUGGAUACACAUUAAUUGAUGAUGUCAUAGAGUAAAGGCAUUUAUUGAUGACAUCAUAGAAUUAUGGCUUUUAUUGCUGACAUCGCAUAGUAAUGGCAUUUAUUAAUGACAUUAUGUAAUAAUAACAUUAUUCUGAUGUUGUCGAAUAAUGGCAUACAUCUAUAAGCGCAUUUUAGAGAAAGACAAACAAAAACAAAAAAGUUGUUCAUCAAUAUUAAGAUAUGUCAGCAUUUUAGUAGAUUUUGAUUGUUAAAGAUUUGUCCAUGAUAAUUUUUACAAAUAUAAUAAAAAUUAUAAAUGAAAGUUCAAAAAU